AUGCUCCGCGACGAGCUUCUCCGGUCUAAGAACGAUGAGAUCGCAAACUGUUUGUUGUCGCGCAAGCGAAAACUGACCGAGUUGUAUUAUGCGACCGUGGGUUUCGAGGGUGCGACCGCCGACGCUCUCUACCAGCAGAAAGAACAGGCCUUCCUCGACGCCAACGACCUCACCAAAGGGCGUUACUUCGACGAAUCUACCCUACCGUUGCCCACCCAUGCGCGCGCGCGUUCGCCGAUCCAGAAGCCUGUCACGCCUGCUGUCACCGCGGAGGUGAAGGCCCAGCAAACUGCUGGGAUCACUCCGCCCCCCGACAGUCGAUGGUCGCGCCCCUCUGCUUCCCGCCGGGGCAAGCCCCCAAGGCGCGUUGCCCCAGCUUCAACUCAACCCACUGAACCGGUACAAGCUCCCUCGGUCGCCCAAAAUCUCGCAGUUCCCUCCGCGAUUGCACCCUCCAAUCAGCCUGUAGCCGAUGAAACGGCAAACGUACCGGCGCCAGCAACUCGUCUCAGCUCUCAGGACCACGAUGGAGCAGAGAUCACGGUCUCUUCUGGUGCAGCUAAACCCACGCCGACAACUGGAACAGCUCCCUCAUCAUUGGAGAUUCCACCUACCUCCCUCCCUCGAAAGAAAUCAGACGCGCGACCCUCUCUCACACUAGGACCCUCACACCCCGAACAACCUCUCUCACCCGCCUCAUCAAUCGACCCUUACUCUACCAAUACCCCUAUCCCUGUCGCCGCAUCGCCCGAUACCAGCCCCGGAGAAGAGAUGGCCGAGGUUAGGAAGCUUAGUCGGCAAAGCCCCAAGGAUAGCCGAUCUAUGCAUCCCCGGCCAGGGUUAAUUCCGUCGACGCCGGACGAGCAACUACGAAUGGAGGAAGCCCAGUCACUGCAGCAGGCCAAUAUUAACGGCCUGUCAUUGGCCCACGGGACCAUCCAGGAGACCGCAGACGCCCGCGCCGAUAAAGACCAAAUGGACAUCGAUCGGGAACCCUUGGUCGCGCCUGAAGAGUCUAAGCUUCCCACCAAAACGGCUGCUCCCGUGACGGAAAUGCUGUCCCCUACCGAGCGAUUGGCAGAUGAAGAUCGACCAGCUAGCGACACACCUGUUGAGAUCAAGAAGCCGAUAUCUAUUCCACCGACCCAACCGGACAUUGCCCAGCCACGGAUGACAACUCGUGUUUCGUCUGGAGCUAUCCGUCACAAGUCCGUUUCUGAAAUCCUGGGUGAGACCCCAAGACACACGGCCCACGAUAAAAGCCAUCCAACAGGUGAACCCCAGACGCCCGAAAGUCUUGCUCGCAUGCGAUUCAAAGAUCGCAAGGGCCGAGAGAAGGAGAGAACUAGGGUUUCGACCGUCGUUUUCCCAAAGCAACCUUCGUCUCUGCAAGAUAAGGCUGAGUCUAUGGACCUUGUGGGCCGGGACUCGGGGGAUGCGGUUGCCAAGUUGAACGAGGAACAGGACUACCUGUUCACGCUGUUCCUGAACAGGGCGUAUGCUCCACCUAGAGGAACUAAUCUCAACACUCUUCUCGCAUCGGCCCAUAAGACACUGAGCACGUCCAACCAUCUCCUGGAGUAUCAAGAGCAAAUGGACUGCCGCACACUUCGACGUAUCUACGCUCUACAGAAUGCUAAUCGAUGGCCUUUGCGACAAAUGAAGCGAUCAGCUGAACCCCCUCGCUCUUUUAGCCACCUGGAUGUCCUGUUGGAUCACAUGAAGUGGAUGCGCACGGAUUUCCGCGAGGAACGGAAGUGGAAGCUAGCUGCAGCGAAGAGCUGUGCUGAUUGGUGUGCGGAAUACGUCAACAGCGACGACGAGCAUCGGUCACUCCUUCGUGUAAACGCUAAAAUCCCCAUCCCCAAAUCCGCGAGAUCCGAUGCGUCGAAACUGGGUGUGGCUUCUCCCUGGGAAGACACGGGCGACGAGACAUUCGCGGCAUUUCACCCAACACCCGAUCUGGUGCCAUCCGCGGAAGAGGAAUCGGUCAGUGAUGGGUUUAAUGAGGAGACUCGGCAUGAGCUGCACGAUACGGUGGCUCCCGCGGCUAUCUUCUCAUUGGGCUCUGACGAGUUCAAUUUCUCUAUUGAUAUGACACCUUCUGCGGAGAAGCUGCUGGACGAAUUGCCACUUUAUCAACCUGUUCGGUUCGUCCAUGAGACUCGGACGCCAGCCUUCAAAGAUCUCCCCGAUUCGGCUUGGAAGCAUGAACUUCUCCCCGUCUCGAAGUUUGCUUCUACCAAGAUCACCUUCCAUAAAGACGAAGAGCGCCCACGUAAACACACCCGAUACGACUAUUCUCAAUAUGGUUCCGCCUCAGAUAUCCGCCUCACAGAUCUGCCGCCAGAGCAGACCAACGUUGCUCUCUUCCGUCCUGAGAACAAACCCAUUCGAGACCGCAUCCACCCUGGUCACUCCUUCCGACCACCUACGGAGCAUCCGAUGCCUUCGGUGGGAUUCUUCGAAUCUCGACAGUCUUCUCAGUGGACUUUGUCAGAAGAUGACGAACUCCGCCGCUUGGUCAAGGAAUAUUCUUACAACUGGUCUCUAAUCUCGAGCUGCCUGACUUCACCGUCACUGUUCACGUCCGGAGCGGAGAGACGUACCCCUUGGGAAUGUUUCGAACGUUGGGUAGGCUUGGAAGGCCUUCCAGCGGACAUGUCCAAGACGCAAUAUUUCCGGGCUUAUCACCAGAGACUGGAAACUGCCCAGCGUACCGUCCUGGCUCAGCAGCAAGCUGCCCAACAGCAACAACAACAACAACAAGCGGCUAAUAAUGGUCAACCACAGCAGCCUGUGCGUCGGAGAACCACUCAGCCCUUACGGGUGGACAGACGUAGAUCGUCAAGACAUCUGGCUUUGCUUGAUGCCAUGCGGAAGCUGGCCAAAAAGCGGGAAACGAUAUUGCAAAAGCAGCAGCAUGCAUCUCAUCUCGCUUCGUUGAGGAAAGCAAACGAGGCCAACCAGCCCAAACCUCCAAUCUCCUCUCCGGCAGAGUUCAGCCGUCUUAAGCACGAGCGGGAAAUGAAGUUGCAGGAACGCCAGGAGCAAUACCGACAGCAGAUGAUUGCUCAGCAAAGGGCUAGUAUGGUCGCUCAGCGUGGUGGGCAGCUGCCCAACCAGCAACAGCCGCCACAGCAAAUGAUGAAUGCUCCGGGCCGACCUAAUAAUUUGCCUCCGAAUGCACCAAAUGCCGCCAUGGUAAACGGCACUCCGAACGGGAUCCCUGCUGGGAUGACCCCUAAUAUUGGUGUUAACCAAGCUCGCGCUCAACCCAUACAAGGAAUGCCACCUGGAGCGGCACCCGUCAAUGGCCAGAUUCCAAACAACCCUAUGGCCAUGAAAAUGAUGCCUCAGGGUCAGAUGCCGAACGUGGGUGCCCGACCAGGUAUGCCGAUGCAGGCGUCUCCCGACAACGCCCGAGUUAUACGAGAGGCCAACCGCCUGCAAGAGCAACAACGGUUGUUGCAAUCCCGCCAGCAACAAGUUCCUCAGGCACCGGGCCAGCCUCAACAGCCCCAACAGCAGUUCCACAACCAGCAGUUCGCGCCGCAAGGAUCGCACUCCCCCAACAUCAACGUGCCCAAUGUUAAUGGUGCUCCUAGCAACCCGGCUAUGAUGGCUGCUCUUCAAGCCCAAGGUGGGAUGCAGAGCCCGUCCUUCCAUAGUGGCACCCCACAGGGGGUUUCGACUCCUUCGCCUCGCAUGGCUCAGCCCAACCCUCUCUCGGGUGGCGUGGUUCCCACCAUCAGCACCUUCCAGAGUCAAAUCCAAAGGGCCAACCCCAACCUUCCUGCAGACCAAGUGAACAAGCUAGCCACCGAACGCCUCAACCAAUACCAGCAGCAACGCAUGUCUCAACAAGCUGCUAUGAACGCUGCCGCAGGUGGUAUGAACAACGUGCAAGCCAACUAUCAGGUCCCACACGACGGGAACUUCCAAACUCCUCAGCAGCCUGGCAUGCCAAACGGUGGUCCCGCAAUGCAGGUUUCUCAGAAUCAAGGGUUCUCUCCGAUGAUGCGUGUUCCGCAAAACAGCCAACAGAACCGGGUCAACGUCACUAGCUCGCCAGCAGUGAAUGGAGCCGUUCCCCAGGCCAGCCGGAGUGCAACACCCCAAACCCAGCGCAGCGGGAGCGCCCAAGCCGGCGCAGUGCAAGGCUCAAGCAAGAGUCCACACCCUCCACCUGCACAGACAGCGAGCAGCUAA